AUGAAUGUGUAUUAUUCACACCUGCCCCAACCACAUACACCUGCCCCAGCCACAACCACCUGCUUCAUUCACAUCCACCUGCCGUCAUCUACAUCUACCUGCCUCAUCCACACACACAGCUACCCCGAUUCAUAUUUGCCUCCUCCAUCUACACCCAAAAGCCUCAUCCCAUCCACCUUCCCCAGACACACCCAUCUGCCUCAUCCACAUCCAGCUGGCACCUUCCACAUUCACCUGGCUCUCUCCAUAACCACCUGCCUCAACCACAACCAGUUUUCCUCAUCUACCUGUCUCAGCCACACCCAUUUGCCCCAUCCACCCCCAUCCCCCCGUCUAAGAAUUAGUAUUCCCUUUAAGAAGCCGUUGAGUCUGGAGUGCAUCGUGCUUUCUCCCGCAGCACACAACCCAUGGUGA